CCUGUUUUGGUGUAAAAUUAAACAGCUUAAUCACUUGUAGUCCCAUUAUACUAACCGUUAGCAGUUAACUGAUUUAUGGUUUCGGUAAACUCGCUGAUUAGUUAUUUGUAAGUUGUUGAACGUGGUUCGUGUUAGUGUACCGAUAGCGAUAGGUAUGUAGGUAUCUGUACAGAGCGUAAUUUCGCAAUAUACUUUCAGCACGGUCACAAAAUUACAGUAAUUCUCUCCCUUGUUCUUUCCUUUAUUUUUUUCGCUUAAAAAUACCUCAAUAAAUGCUUGAUAAUUCAACAUCAGUUGAACUCUACGAACGAACUAAGUGCACUCAAAAGUGGUUUUAAGGCGCGACACCCAGUUUCCAAAGUACUUAACAAAUUUUUAACGAGGAAUUCUGCUUGCCACUUUCCUCAAUAGGUGAAAUUUGGCAUAAAUCGUCGCAAUCGGUGAGGCGUAGCCCCGCGUAGGUGUAGAAAGCAGAAUUAAUUAAAAGAUCAAAACGAAUUAUGUUUGUUUUCCACAUUUAUUACCGGGAUAAUAAUGCAGUGCAUUCAGUCUCUCCCAGUGUUAGAACCACGGUAGAUGUCUCUACGAAAAAAGUCGCUUAAAUAGCUUUUCAAGAAAGACAAUCUGGAUUUGUAGCCCGGGGAGGAAUGCAGGGGGAACAGUCACGAUGACUCUCUUCCAGUUCUCAAGGGUCACAAAAUUUACCAGUGCCUCGAAUCUCUCGAAGUCAGGAUAUUUUCUGAAGGUAAUAUGACGUUAGAAUUCACUUAACCUGGCACCCAUAGAUUACGGAUUGAUGGCGAUUUUUUAGCAAAUUUUUAAUGGAAACAUCGGACAACGCUUCGCGAUUUGUUCAGUGCUGCGCACUGACCCCUGCCGGUUUAAAAAAUCCCACCGUAUUCCAAAUUGUUUUUUGUUUCUUAAGAUUAAUUUGUGGUGAUAGCUGCUAGAAAGGGCUUUCAAACAAAACGGCUCCAGGAAUGCAACAUGCACGGAAAUGAUUGCAAUAAAAAUUUAUAAAGAAACUGGAAACAAACUGCAAAAUCACCCUCUGUAAUAUGAAAAAAGUAACCAGUACUUGUAUGUUAAAUAAUAUGGGUUUUUUCUUUAAUAGCCAGAAUAUGAGCGAACUUUAUUUCGGCGCGAAACCUGAAGAUAUUUAUUUGUAAUUAUGCUACAGAUAAUUUGAAAAUCGAUACAGUGAUGGCCAGUUGGCCACCAGGAAAACCUGUGACAGAAUUCUGAAGGGUCUGCACCGGAAGAACACACCCUGCCGAAACAUGACGAAAUAUCAUGGCACCCAUGCGCAGCACCGCGACGUCGCUGCCAGAUCCAUGUCCGCACCGGCAGUGGCCGCCCGCGAGCUCCGUCUAAAAUAGAAACAACGCGAAGAGCAGCUUAUCACCGAGUGCAUGGACGGUGGCCCUGAAAACGGAAGCGGAGAUGAUGGGGCGUGACAUGCGGGAGGCGCGCGCCCAGCUGGACCGCCUGCGGGAGGACACGGCGUACCUGCGCAGUCUGAUCAAGUCGCAGCAGUCCGUGGUGGAUCUGCUGCAGUACCUGCAGAACGCCCCCUUCUUCAACAAGGACGGCCGCCCGGAGCCGGGCCUGCAUCUGGACGAGCGCAGUAUCCUGCGGCAGAUCAGCGGCAGCGCCCAGGACGAGAAGACGGCCAAGAAGGAGCAGGCCAAGGAGAUCGGCGGGAUUUGUCUGUACAUCAACGGCUCCAGUAUCACCAUGCAUUUAUGCUCGCACUGCAGCAGUGAGGCCGGCUCGAAGUAGUCAAGUGUGAUGUGGAGCGUGUGUGGAUAAUUGUGUAUUUACGUAGGUAGUUUUUUCUGGAGGGAUGAACAUUUACUUUUGAAUUUUGAUUACUGACGCCGGUUGGUAGUGUUUUUGGGGAUUUCAAGAUGGAUUUCUUGUUGGCUGGGUUUAUUUAAUCUCGCUUGUACAUUUGCGUGGAAAACUCUGUUCAGAGUAUUCAUAUUGAAUAGGUUUGUGUCGCCGCUGUUGUUUCCGAUUAGUUUAGAUCAUUUCUUCGCCACAAUUUUAUUUUGUUCGUGUGUUCAUUCCGCUAGUUCGUUCUGCUGGGGAACAGACCAUUUUCUUUGAUUAAUAA